AUGGCAGCAGUUAUUCGCCUUAAACGACGUGCGGACGAAGCUCCACUAGAUGCAUUUGUGCUGAACUGUAAAAGGCGGCGAACGGAACACGGUAAUGGUUUGUUAAAUCCUGCCGCAACUGGUGAAACAUCGACGGUUCUUAAGAUCGCCGCAACGUUUGCCAGAGCAGACAAUAUUUCAUCGCACCUGCAGCAACGCCUAACGAAAAGUGAAGCCAAAGAAGCCAUAUCCCGAGUUCAUCACCCUACAAUCGUGUCACAAAACCGGGCGGCUGCUCGUCGAAACUCACGAAACAACCGUUUCCGGAUAGUCAAUUGUACCCGCUCUCUCCAUGAAGCUGACGGUGGCGAAGGAACUACAAUCGUCGAUGUCGAAAGAGAUUUCGUUGGUUCUCAAUCUGCAGUAGCCAGAACAGGGGCUUCUCGGGAUGAACCGAAUUACGUAUAUGAUUUGUACGUUGCGGACGAGAAUAAGCAGCAGACGCACAUUACCUACAUUCCAGAAAACUUGGACGACAUCAGUGUUGCUAUUUACGACGAUCAACUUUAUUCGAGUUACCGCGACGGAUCAGGCCAUGGUGGUUUUACGCACGACGAAGACUCGGACGAUUCCAACGAUGAAGACAACUGGCGUAAUGAUUACCCUGAGGAUGAUGACGAUUUUUUCGGUGAAGCAAACAGUGAUGGCGAAAAGGAUAUACGACGAACUGUAAAAGACUUCGAUUUCGAGGGAGAUCGAGAAUUAUCACCAGACGAAGAUGACUACACUGGCCAUGGAAAUAGCAGUGGGUUUGCCUAUCCAGCGAAUGAUGAUGAUGAUGAGAAUGACGAAUAUUGUGAAGAGGAUAAUGCUGGUUUAAAUCAAGACAAUGUUUGGACGGCUUAUGCUAAAUAUAAGGCGCGCGUUAUGAAGAAAAUGGACAAAAACGAUUCCGAUCAGUACGACUCCGAGAAUGACUAUAGCGAUGGUCGAUCAUCAGCCGGCGAUAGCAGCCUUAGCGAGAAUUUUGAUCUUUAUGAUUAA